CUUUAAAACAUUGAUGCUUCCUCGACGCUCAUGUAUUGGAGCGAAAUAUUUCGAGAGUGACGAACAGCAGAGCGAGAUGGAUACUUAAACCAGGACAGUGGAGCAAUGGUCGAUCUAGUUUAAGCCUGAAAUAUCAUGGAACUAUUACGGGCUUCAACCUGUUUUCAACGUGGUAGAAUUGAGAGAUGUGAGGUUUAUCAUGUGAUACUAUAGUUGUUUAAUCAGCUUCAACACUGCCGUCAACGUAAACGUGAACAUUAAUUACACGUUUGUUCUUACGCUGACGUUAUAGGCUGCAUUACGUCUUUUGGCGUUUAAGAAGGCAUGGAGGGAAACGCUAAGACAGAGGACUUGCAACGUGGUCAACAAGAGGCGGGACAUUUGCUUCCUCCUGAUGCUGGGUUGUCUGAGAGCCAUAAACAAUUGUCUGAAAAUGGAAUACUUUCAACGUACGUUGCUACAGAAUUCGGUUCAGGAGUAUUGAAAAGUGUGCAUUCAGUGCAGGUCUGCGAGAAAGUGUGUGAACCAAACGGAAAUAAGGACGAAUGCAUUGAGGACUUGGAACCUCACCUAGAUUCGCACUGGAGCUUCGCUAUUGCGUUAGCGUCUUUCCUGGCACAAGCGAUUCUUGGCGGUCACGUUUACACGACGGGGAUUUUCUACACGGUAUUCCGGGAACAGUUUCCGGAAGCGAGGGAGGUGGCUGUCAGCUGGUUGUGCUCUAUGCCGAUCACACUGUGGUUCGUCGGAAGUCCUCUGGGUAGUGCUCUGUCAAACCGGUACGGAUGUCGAACUGCGUCAAUAACGGGAGGGUUUCUUGCGUCCACGGGGCUAACACUCUGUUACUUCACAAACAACUUCUAUCUCAUCUUUCUGUUUUAUGGCGUCGUUGCAGGUUUCGGCAACGGCAUACAUUAUGUAGGGUUCGUCGCGUCAGUGAGCAGAUACUUCAAGAAAUUCCGCACCGUGGCAAACAUUAUCACCACAAUUGGGGUGACGUUUGGAAUGGCACUGUAUGCAACCUUAGUCCCUAUGCUCAACGACGCUUUCUCUUGGCAGGGGACUUUGUUAAUAUUAGGUGGAAUUAGUUUUAAUUUGUGUUCAUUGGCAUGUAUAUUAUUUCCCAUUAAACAUAGCACUCCCAUGCCAAAAAAGAAAAUAAUGAACUUCAGUCUUCUUAAAGACAAGCAUUUCCUCCUUUUCGAUAUUCAAUGCAUUUUAUGCAAUCUCUCAAGCGGAGUGAUUUUUCUCCAUCUGCCAGCUUUAAUUAUAUCAAACGGCAUAUCAUUCUCCGUCUCGUCUCUUUCACUCACCAUUUACGGAGUCUCGAACUGUGUUGCCAAGGUGAUAUACAGUGUCAUCGGGUACAUGUUCGCUCCCGAUUGCAGCGCCAUCUAUGUCAGCUCGCUAACGGUGUACGGUUGUGCUCUAAUCCUGCUAGCUACAUACCCAACUCAUAUGUGGGUCAUAUGUUUCUCGGCAAUCCUGGGAUUCACCUACAGCGUGACGGGUGGAUAUUUAGUAGAGGUUAUACUCAGCCUCGUUGGCCCCGAGAACAUUGCAGACGGAUUGGCGUUCGGUCAGGUCGGAAAAGCUGUUGGGAGUCUGCUGUGUGGGCCUUUGGCAGGUUUACUGUAUGAAUCCUCCGAAAGUUACCAGACCUCAUUCUUCGCGGGCGGUGUUAUCAUGCUACUUGGAUGUGUCCUUAUGCUGCCCGUUGCUAGGCAAAUGAGAAAGAACAACCGGUUGAGCAGGGAGUCGGAGACAGCGAUAGACUUUGAGGAAGAAAAUGACUGCGAAAUCGGUGCUGACUUGUGUGUGAAUUCGAAUAAGAAAAUGGAAAAUAUUCUUAGCUGAGCAUGCAUUUAUAAUGUGGAAUACAUAUCAAAUGUUGCUGUCAUUGUAAUAGCUUAUAUUAGUGACAAAAUCGCAUAUGAAAAUUAUUUUUGUGAACACCCAUUUUUGUUGAUUUAUUUAUGAUAGUUCAUGUAUUUUUCUCAUCGCCUUUAAAUUUAUAUGUUUUCAUUAUGCAACAGAAACUAUAGGAGCAAUCCUAGGACCAGAUGGCUGUACUCGAUAAUCUUGUUAAGAUGAACGAGCUCAUUUUUUAAAUUUAC